UAUGCGGUGGCGCCGCCGCUCGUGUUCCGGCGAGAGGGGAAGAUCGAGUCGCUCGUCGGAUCCGUGUACGCCGAGGUUGAUGCAAUGCAUAUGAGCUUGGACGAGCAAUUUCUGGUUCAUGCUGGUAUUGCACACACGCGAUGGGCUACUCAUGGCGUGCCUUCUACGAGAAAUAGUCAUCCACAAUCAUCUGGCCCAUGGGAUGAAUUCCUUGUUGUUCACAAUGGAAUCAUUACAAAUUAUGAGGUUCUAAAGGAGACAUUAAUUCGUCAUGGUUUCACCUUUGAGUCGGAAACUGAUACAGAAGUCAUUCCUAAGCUUGCAAAGUUUCUGUUCGAUAAGGCCAAUGAUGGUGAAGGUCAUGUUACCUUUAGUCAAGUGGUAACGGAAGUAAUAAGGCAACUUGAAGGAGCAUUUGCACUUAUAUUCAAAAGCCCGCAUUACCCAAAUGAGUUAAUUGGUUGCAAGCGUGGCAGCACACUUAUUCUGGGUGUUAAAGAACUAAGUGCUGAAGAUAGUGUAACUACUAGCAAGUCGAAAGAGCUUUUCUUCUCUAGUGAUGUAUGUGCUAUUGUGGAGCAUACUAAAAAUUAUUUGGCCAUUGAAGACAAUGAAGUGGUUCACAUUAUGGAUGGCAAUGUACAAAUCCUCAAGUUUGACUACAGCAAAGAAAAGCCAGCAUCGGUGCAGCGGGCAUUGUCUGUUCUCGAGAUGGAGGUUGAACAAAUAAAGAAGGGAAAUUACGACCACUUCAUGCAAAAAGAAAUCCACGAGCAACCGCAUUCUCUAACUACGACAAUGAGAGGAAGACUUAAAAAUAAUGGUGUCGUUUUAGGCGGACUUAAGGCUCAUCUCAAAACAAUAAGGCAUAGCAGAAGGAUCAUCUUCAUUGGAUGUGGUACAAGUUAUAAUGCAGCCUUAGCUGCCAGACCAUUGAUCGAAGAGUUAUCAGGUAUUCCUGUCACAAUGGAGAUUGCAAGUGACUUGCUGGAUAGACAAGGUCCAAUAUACAGAGAUGCAACAGCAGUUUUCGUCAGUCAAUCUGGUGAGACUGCAGAUACUCUUCUUGCCCUCGAAUAUGCCUUAAAAUGUGGGGCGUUGUGUGUUGGUAUCACAAAUACUGUUGGUAGCACAUUGGCCAGAAAAACACACUGCGGUGUUCAUAUAAAUGCCGGUUGUGAAAUUGGUGUUGCUAGUACCAAGGCAUACACUAGUCAAAUAAUAGUUAUGACCAUGAUGGCAUUGGCUAUUGGAGCUGACAGAACAUCCAGUCAAACUAGAAGUGAAGCUAUUGCUAAGAAUCUUUCAGGCCUGCCAGGCAAAGUAAGUGAGGUCUUAAAACUUGAUAACGAAAUGAAAGAUCUUGCAGUAUCGUUGAUCGACACUCAAUCACUCCUUAUAUUUGGGAGAGGCUACAACUAUGCCACUGCUAUGGAGGGCGCUCUCAAGGUAAAAGAAGUCGCACUCAUGCACAGUGAAGGCCUGCUUGCUGGAGAAAUGAAGCAUGGGCCGUUGGCACUAGUAGAUGAGACUCUCCCUGUCAUCGUCAUUGCCACUAGGGAUGACUGUUUCAGUAAGCAGCAAUCAGUUAUUCAGCAACUUCAGGCCCGUAAAGGCCGUCUAAUAAUCAUGUGCUCAGAGGGAGACACAUCAAAUGUAUGCCCUAAUGAAUCUUGUAGAUUUAUUGAAGUCCCUCAAGUUGAAGACUGUCUUCAACCAGUAAUCAACAUCAUACCAUUGCAGUUACUUGCAUACCAUCUCACAGUUCUUCGCGGACAUGAUGUGGACCAACCAAGGAAUCUCGCAAAAAGUGUGACCACCCAAUAAUUAUAGUGCUAUCCCCAAAAUUCUCUGAGUGCAUAUGUAAGUUGUUUUGUGUGCUUUCUCUGGCGGUGCCAGCCUGUUUAACUCGAGUUGUUAGACUUUUCCCAGGAAUAUGGGUUAUUCUACAUUUUUAGAUUAAUCCUCCUUUUGCAUCUCUGUUUCGAUCUUAGUGGCGCUAUUUAAAAAAAAAAUAAAGAAAAUUUUGUUGAAA